AAAAGCCCGAAGAACACAACACCAACGUCAGAUGUUGGCCUUGUGCUAUAUUCGCCACAUAAAGCGUCCGCGCGAAAUAAAAAGCCCUGUACUCGUGUACUGUUGGCUGCCAUCCAGCGCGUCCCCCAUCAGGGAAGUCAAGUCACUUUAAACGUCACAGCAAAAUGAAUCCUGCCAGCGCCUGGACACUCCUGCUGUUCGUAGCUUCUCUAGACUUUGCUUGCUGUUCUACAGAUUCGGGACCACUGUUUCUUACGCCCUUAAUCGAGCAGAACAAAUACGACGAAGCAAGGACCAAAAGCAGAGUGGACCUGUUCGCUAAAGAGGCAGGCGCCAUAGCUCACUCUGGUUUCAUCACUGUGAACAAAACAGUUGGCAGCAACCUGUUCUUCCUCUACGUCCAGGCACAGGAAAACCCGUCGACCGCACCGCUGGUGCUAUGGACACAAGGCGGUCCUGGAAUGUCCUCCCUGUUCGGCCAGUUUCUCGAGUUCGGACCCCUGGGUCUCGACGCCGAUGGAAAGCUUUACAAGCGGCUCCAUACUAUGCAAAGCGACGUGAGCGUCAUCUACCUGGACGUUCCCGUUGGAUCUGGCUACAGCUUCACGAAAGACACCUCUGGUUACCCGGACAACCUCGAGGGCAUUGCCGCGGAGGCCAUCGAAUUCCUGGCCCAAUUUCUGGUUCUUUUCCCUGAAUACAAGGAGCGAGAUUUCUACGCCGCCGGAGAGUCGUACGGAGCGAGAUACGCCAUUGCAAUCGCUUACCAGCUGCGCACGGAGCAAGUCGAGCGUGUGCCCCUGAAGCUUCAAGGCGCAAUUGCCGGAGACGGAUUCAUGGGAUCAAUCUUCGACGUGGCCGACUCGGGCGAAUUUCUCUACCAAGCUUCAAUGGUCACACCGAAAGGCCGCGAUGCUUUAGCGAAACAGUUCUCAACUAUGAGGAGCCUCGUGGCCGAGGGCAAGGAGACGGAAGCCUUGCAAAUUUUGCUCCAGACCAUCUUCGCGAAUCCCACCAGCCCCACUUUGUUUCAAAAUCUCACGCUGUACAACCAGCAAGCGAGUGCUUUGUACUCUGAGGCGCCGGCAAGCAUGUUUAAAUUAUAUGAAUACGUCGACACUAAGGAAUUCAGGGAAGCGAUUCACGUCGGGCUCGACGUCGAGUUUCAAAAGAUCAAUCAAGACCUUCUGACAAGCAUAGAACUUGAUUACCUCAGAGACAUCAGCGCUGAGGUGGAGCUGCUCCUGAAUACGAGUAAGAUGAUGUUCUAUAUGGGUCAAGUGGAUACUCUGUUUCCCUCAACCAAUCAGCGAGCACACUUGCGCAGCCUUAACUGGACUGGUGCUUCGGAAUACCGAAGUGCACCUCGAAAUGAGUGGACGGCGCGCAGUGGUUCCGUUGGCAUAAGUGGCUACAUAGUUCGAGUGCGCGAUUUAACUGAGGCAGUGGUACUCGGGGCGGGUCACUACGCUGCGGUGGACAAAUCUGAUGAGGUCAAUUAUCUCAUAAAUAAUUUCGUUAGUUCAAGUUCAAGGUUUCAUAAGCCAAUAUCAGCAUGCCCGCUCGUUCCCUAAAAUUGUGAUUCCCAGUAACGUACUUCUAGCGUUUAAUUAGUCUGUGGUGAUUUACGUAGUUAUUAGGUGCUCUCCAUUCAUCACGAGCAUCUGUCUGAGUGAAAAUUUGCUGUCGGCUUGCGGUAUUUACCAUAUCAAACAUUUAGAAUAAGCCCAACAUGCAACGAAGCCC